UGCUUUGUGUCUCCUGCUGACAGGUCUACCUGAUCUGUUCCCCAUCUCAUCCCCGUUCAGCUCCCAGCUCCACACCUGCUGGUCUGAGAGCAGCAGAUCGACAGAUCAGAUAAGCCACAUGUCCACCGCUGUAUAUAAGAGCGGCGCAUUCAAGCCCCGGAGACAGACUAACAAGUUAUCUACCGUAAUAAUACUGAGUUCAUUUUGAAAUAUGUGUAAGGGACUAUACCUGCCUUCCUCCUGCUUGGAGAAGGCAAAAGGGAUGCGAGUGAAGCUGAGCCACCUGGCUGAGAUCCACCACAAGCAAAAGGUACAAAAUGGAAAAAUCCUUCAGGAUCUGGAAACUCUGCUGGGCAGCAAAAUCGGUCUUCAGGCGUUUCGAGGGUUCCUGCGUUCAGAGUUCAGCGAGGAGAACCUGGAGUUCUGGCUGGCCUGUGAGGACUACAGGGUUUCCCCUUCAACCAUGCAGAAGACCAAAGCCAGCAGCAUCUACAACCAGUUCAUCAACCCCGACGCUCCACUGGAGGUGAACCUGGAUGCUGAGACCCGUGAGGCUCUGCUGAGCGUGAUGGACUCCCCGUGUGCCAACACCUUCAACCUAGCGCAGCAGAGGAUCUACAGCCUGAUGGCCAAGGACUCCUUCCCUCGGUUUCUCCGCUCUCACCACUGUGCAGAGGCCAUCAAGGCUUAUUAAACGUCCUUUCUGAGAAUGGCUUCAGAAACUAAUCUUUUCUGCUGGACUUGACUGUAAUGUGCAAUUUAUUUUAGCAACAUGUUUAGUCAUGCAACAGUCUACUACCUGCUGUUAGAAACAGUAGAAUAGUAGCAUUAAAUUGCUUAAAUGUAGAUGAAUAAAAUACUUCCCCCUCUA